AUGGCGCGAGUGUUUGUGGAGCGUUUGCCCGAAGACGUGCGGGAGCGGGACCUGUCCGACAAGUUUGACCGCUUCGGCCGCAUCGCUAGCGUGCGCAUCAAGUUCCCAGCGCGUCCUCCGCCUUUCGCGUUCAUUGUGCGAAGCAAUACGUAA